AUGUCCGCCCAAUUAUCUGGAAGCGAUUCCGCUGCAAGGGUGAGCAAUCGGGGACAAGGCGAUGGGGUGAUGGUGAAUGGUACAACGGAGCCGCGAGGUUCGGACCCUUCUGGGGAAUCUGUACUGGCGAGUUUGGAAAACCCGAAUUUACUGGAUACAGUGCAGCUGGGAGAUAGACCUGGACCUUUGCAGCCUUUGACUACAGCGUCGUCACAACCGCAUUCGGCCGAGCCUCAGUACGCAACACCGGAUCCCGGCGCGCGCGUUAUAACCACGGUGGAAAGGAAUUUCAGUACGGAGCAAACGGCCUCGCAGCAGCCGACUACACCGACGAGCUCGUCGGUAAGAGUCCAGGAGUUCUUUGCCACACAGACUUCCCAGAGCCCGCCAGGGGACACGCAGGGAGUUCGCUGGAUGGCGAGGUUUUCGGAGUUCCUGCGGACUACGGCGUCGAGAGGAGCAAUGGGUGUGGAUCGUAUGUUGGACGGUUUGGGGAUUCCACCUCUUCCUGUUCAGCAGAGAGUUGCAAGGGUGGCCUCAACAAACGCCUUGCGGCUCAACGUGUCACCGCCCGAGGACUUAACGUCGCCGCCAACACAGGCUCCGGCAAUUCCCGGCUCUUGGUCAGUUGCUACUCCGCCGCAGGCUCCGCUGUUUGGCCCCCUGGAAAUGGCGCAGAUGAGGCAGGCUCAGAUGAACUAUCCUCAGAUAUAUGGACCUUUACAGGGUCCCAGUCUGCCCUCCGAAGAUUCGGAACGAUCGUCGAGAUUGCUUGCAGAAGUCCAGCGACAGUUGGAAGAGUAUGAGAACAAAUACAAAAGUGAAGUUGAGCGGCUGGAGUUGGAAGUGGUUCGCAUGAGAGAAGAGAGGGACCAGGCUUUGCGCACCAUGGCCCGCUACCUCAGAGUCCAGAUGUACCAGAAGGGAAUCAUGGCCUACUACCUCAGAGUCCUCGUGUACCAGAAGGGAAUCAUGGCCUGCUACCUCAGAGUUCAUGUGUACCAGGAGGGAAUCAUGGCCCACUACCUCCAAGGCAGCCUCUCUUCAGAGACGAUGGAAUACCUCAGCCGCCGCCUAUGCCAAAAGGGCUGUUGA